AUGUGCCGUCUUAGCCCAGUUGGGGAUCCCAGAGUGUCCCGGUACCUCGUCCCCGAGGGUCUGGACCAGGGUGGGCGAAUUCUGCCCCAGGGUCAGCGGGUGGGGCGGGCCUCGGCCAAAGAGGGGUUCACGAGGCACCGAGCGUUUGGUACCUUUCUUUUUGCCGGCAGCGGCACGAGCUGUGCUCCCGCGACGGGCUAAGCCCCCGCCUGCCUCGCUCUCUGGGAAGAGGCCUUCCAGGGCCAUGGAUGCCCACUGCGGAGCGACUGCGCGAACAUGAACAUCAGGGAGCGCGGAGGUCUGCGCAGGGUGCGCUCAGCCAAGGUGGAAAACGGCGCGUGGGACACUUUUAAGUAUCCCAAUUUCCAGGGACAGUAGUUCAUCCAGGAGAAGGGAAAUACUCACUGGCAUGCUUGGAGUGGCAGUAGCAGCCACCACAGUGGUCAGCUGCUCUCCUACUGGCCAGUGCUUUGUGCAAACCACAAUGACAGUCAUGUGACACUGUUUGAGGAGGACAACUUCCGGGGUUGCAAGUCUGAACUCAGUGAUGACUACCCAUCCCUGUCCUCCAUGUGCUGGACCCACAAGGAUGUGGGUUCCCUAAAAGUCAGCUCUAGCACGUGGGUGGCCUAUCAGUACCCAGGCUACCAGGGCUACCAGUAUGUACUGGAGCAGGACCAGCACUGUAGGGAGUUGUACAGUAGAUUUGGCACACAGGCCCACAAUAGUCAGCACUACACCCUGCAGCACCAGCACCUCCCCUGGAGAUGCUAA